CGUUAUCGUUGCUAGUCGCGGGAGAUUCUCUGGGCUGAUUACCAGCAGAACGUGGUGAAUUAGUCCUCACAAAAAUUAAAAUGUCAGUUCCUCUCUUCAACCUCACUGCUAAUUUGACAGUUUCGAGGCUCUGCUUAGGAACCAUGACAUUCGGUGAGCAAAACUCGUUGUCUCAGUCCUUUCGUCUUCUCGAUGAAGCUUUCCAUGCCGGAAUCAAUUUCUUCGAUUCAGCAGAAAUGUAUCCGGUGCCUCAGCGCGCUGAAACUCAGGGGAGGAGCGAAGAGUUCCUUGCCCGUUGGAUUAGAGGAAGGAAGAUUCCACGGGAUCGCGUUGUCUUAGCAACGAAGGUUAGUGGACCUUCUGGGCAAAUGACUUGGAUUCGAGGUGGACCCAACUCUUUAGAUGCCAAGAAUAUCACUAUGGCCAUUGAUAAUAGCUUGAUGCGUAUGCAAACGGACUACAUUGAUCUGUACCAAAUUCAUUGGCCUGAUCGCUAUGUUCCCAUGUUCGGAGAAACUGAUUAUGAUCCCAGUCGACAGUUCUGUUCAGUCAGUAUAGAGGAACAACUCGAUGCACUUAGCAGAGCUGUUGAUGCAGGAAAGGUCAGAUACGUUGGAGUUAGCAAUGAAACACCAUAUGGUAUUAUGAAGUUCCUUCAGGUUUCUGAAAGGGAAGCUUGGUAUCCAAAAAUAGUUUCUGUGCAGAACUCGUACAGCUUGCUCUGCAGAACUUUUGAUUCUGGACUAGCUGAGUGCUGCCAUCACGAGGGGAUCAAUUUAUUGGCAUACAGCCCCCUUGCGAUGGGCAUACUUUCUGGAAAGUAUUUUGCACCUGAUGGUGGUCCAGCAGAUGCCCGGUUAAAUCUUUUCAAAGGCAGGUAUAUAGAAGGGGAAUCAAGAUACAACCUAUCAAAUAGCAUGAUAAAAGCAGCUACUAUGGAAUACCUGGGCAUAGCAAAAAAACAUGGUCUUCAUCCUGUAUCUCUGGCAAUUGCUUUUGUUUUGAGACACCCUCUUGUUGCAAGUACUGUAUUUGGCGCUACCCGGACAUGGCAGCUCCAGGAGAUUCUCAAUGGUUGCAAGGUGAAUCUAACACCAGAAAUAGUUGAAGAUAUCAAUAAAAUUCAUGCAAGGUUUCCUAAUCCAUGCCCUUGAUUAAUUAAGAGUCAUGUAAUAGAAGUAGACAAAUUAUCUGCAAUUGAGCCAGAUAAUGUAAUUUGAAUACUUCAAGGGUGCAGUUUUUUAACUCGUAACAUCAUAAAUGCUAACAAAGAAGUGGUAUCAAAUGUUUCCUUUUGUUCCCCGGAAUGUUUCAGCGAGGGCAGACAA